AUGGCGCCCUCGACUCCUCCCCGCCAGUGCGACUCUCCAUACCCACUAUCCUCGCCAUCACGCUCCCCACAACAACCGUUUCCAUCUCUCCUCUACACGCCCAAGAUUCUACACGUCGCGGAUAUAAGCUACCCAGAAUCUUACCUGCGCACGCCAUUGCCGCUGUUACCUUUCCAGCAAUCAGAGUGGCUAAGCAAACCUGUUGACAAGGUGCCUACGAGCCCGGGGCUAGGGACCUACGAGCUAGAUGAGAGUCUCGGCGAGAUCCUGGAAUCGAUAGAGGGACGAGAUGAGGUGGAUAUUCAGGAAGAAAGGGGCGUUUGGGGAGAUGGGAAGAGGGAAUGGGAUGAGUGGGAGGAGGGAAGCUUGAAGGAGUGGUCUUGCAUGGGAGAGCAGGCGAGUAGGAAAAGAGGGUUCGAAGAUGAGGAGGGUAGUCCACUAUUGAAUCCGCAAGCCAAGCUUAGUAUCGGCCUGGUUCGAGUUCAGGGACAAAAGGCUAUGUCGUAUGAGGCGCAGCACAAGGGUGUCAUGCAACCAGGUACCGAAACACCUCGAGAGUCUAGUGAAUGCCAGUCGUCGCAAGCCGUCUGACCGGAAAUGAGGUGUCUGCCUCCAUCAGGCUUGAAGCGACACCUGAAACGGGUGAAAGUGGUUGCGGGAUAUUCAAGGCGCUGUUGUGGCUGUGCAGGAAGCUCGACAAAACAACGUAGGCCUAACGCGCGGCAUGUGUCGAGGUCUUCAAAUGAAUUGAGAUUGCGUAUUUUCAGCUGCCAACGUUCCUUUCUCUGAUGAUCAUGUCGAUAUUGACACUGGUCCUUGGUCUUUGACCUUUUGCCGCAUGCAGACAGUAGAAUCUUUCGCUUAAGUCACGUGCCCUCGUGGCGACGGACUCGCCGUAAUGAGUUCUCUUAGGCCACCAACAAGGUGGAGAAAAUGAUCUGCAAUGCAUC